AGUUUUAGCACGCAUUCUCAGUUGUGAUCUAAGUAUCGUGGUGUCUUGUCGUUUCUCGUUUAAAAUAAAAAUACAUAAAUAUUUGUAUAUAAUGUGGAAAUUGUAUUAUAUAGUUUCGUUUUAUGUUGGAGCGGUCACAUGUCUUUCUGUGCCUCCAGCCGGUGUUGCUCCGAAGAUCAAACUUAAUGAUGGAAACUCCAUGCCUGCAUUCGGUCUAGGAACCUGGCUUGGUUUUGAUGGAAAGGGUGGGGUGCAUAAAGUGACAAGUGACUCAGUUGAGAAAGCAGUCGAAGCCGCCAUCGAUAUUGGAUACAGGCACAUCGACACAGCUUAUAUAUAUUUCACCGAGGAACAGGUGGGAAAAGCUGUAAACAAGAAGAUUAAAAACGGUGACGUGAAAAGGGAAGAUGUUUUCAUCACUACAAAGCUAUGGAACGACAAACACGCCCGUCAAGAUGUGGUACCAUCGCUUCGGGAAUCGCUCGCUAAACUCAACUUGGAAUACGUCGAUCUAUAUCUAGUCCACUGGCCUAUAUCAACUUAUUCAAAUAACACGGUCAACGAAAUAGACUACGUCGAAACCUGGCAAGGUAUGGUGGAGGCGAAAAAGCUGGGCCUCGCUCGGUCCAUCGGCGUCUGCAACUUCAACGUCCAACAGCUGGAGAGACUAAUCAACAGCAGCGACGUCGCUCCCGCCGUGCUCCAAGUUGAGGUCAAUUUGAAUCUCCAACAAGAACAGUUGAGGCAGUUCUCUCGCGAUCACGGUAUAGCGGUGAUGGGGUACACGCCAUUCGGAUCGCUGUUCCCGAGUAAAGCGACUUCGAAUUCACCACCGCCACGCGUUGACGACCCUGAACUCGUCAAACUCGCUAACCGUCACGGAAAGACCGUGCCGCAAAUCGUUUUAAGAUAUCUAUUUGAACUUGGCGUUGUGCCAAUUCCAAAAACAGUGAAGAAGGAACGUUUGAUGGAGAAUGUUGAUAUUUUCGACUUUGAGCUCCAAGCUGAAGACAAAGAUCUUCUUAAGAGUUUCGACCGGAACUACAGAACGAUAGAUCUGAGAUCAUUUUGGGCUACGUCGAAAUUCUAUCCCUUUGAACUUGACGAAUAAUUAAAUGAACCCAACACGCAACAUUUAUAUAUCAAUACUAACAGGCCUGGACCUAGAGAUCCGAAACCCAGGCACUUUGACAUUGAGGCCCUCCAUUCAGAAGCAGUUAAAGUAAAUUGAUUCAUUUUUUCUUAGGCUGGUGCCUAUAGGCCUAUGUAUAAAUCUAGGGCAGAUACUAACUAUUCCGAUAUGACAGGCGACGAAUACUUCGGGCCAUUUUAAUCACACAUUUUCAGCAAAGGUUUUGUUUAUCUGAAAGAUUAAUUUUUAUGGCAAUAGUAUUUAUGAUGAUUAAAUGAUAAUACAUACAUGGAGUUGCCUUUUCAAAUCACCUAAAUUAUCACUUUUGAAAACCUUAAUAAUCAGUAAUCAUUUUGUAAAUUUUAAAAUUAAAAAUAUUGCGCUAUAUGAUUUGGCUAUACGUUUUUUUUAUAUACAUAGAUGUAGCCAUUUAAUUUUCAGGUAUUUUUUUAACAUUGGUAUGUUAAAAAAAUGUCUGAUCGAAAUUAUAUUUUACCUACCUAUAAUUGUUAACUCAGAUCCUACAAAAUCGUUUUGUUAGUUAUUGGCCAAUUAAAAUAAUCAAACUAAUUUUACAUAUUAAAUGUAUUGUGAAUUUUAAUAAUAAAUAUUUUUUGUCUUUUUCUAUUACUAUGCAUUAAAAAUGUUUUUAUCCA